GCACCACCUCGCGUUGCCUCCCCACCAAGCAUCACCACGCAUUCGACGCAGACGCGCAGGGAAGCACGGGGGGCAGGAAAAAGAGCACGGACGAUUUGCAGCGGCAGCGGCUGCGGGCGAGGAGGAAGACUCCCGAUCUCGCCGGAGUCGGCGGAACGCACGCUCCCGAUCUCGCUAGCCGGUGGCGCUCGGCGACCGACGCGGUAGAUAGGUUGGACAGCCAGCGGGAGAAGAGAUCGAUGGGGGGAGCGGGGCACGGCGUGCAUUUCUUAGACGCGUGCUUCCUCUGCCGGAGGCCGCUCGCCGGCAACCGCGACAUCUUCAUGUACAGAGGGGACACGGCGUUUUGCAGCGACGAGUGCCGGAGCGCGCAGAUGGCGGCGGACGAGGCGGCGGAGAGGAAGGAGAGGGCGAGCGGCGCCAGCGCCAAGGCGGUCACGCAUGGGACGCUGCCCGCCAGGGAAGCGGAAGGCCCGCAGGAGCGCGGCGGCAAGGUCCGGGCCGGGUCCAUCCUGGCCCUGUAACGAGAAACUUCUCUCGAAUCUAAGCAUGGCGUUUUCCUUUUUUUUUUCUCCCUCCCUUUCCAUCUAGGAGUAUUUCUCUACCUUACGAAACGCACCACGUACCGGAGGUCGCCACCUUCAUGUACACGGACGGGUUUGUGUUUUUUGAUGAUGAAAACCCUUAGGACCAUCCGGUGGUGCGUGGUGGUUGCUUUUUUGUUUCUUUUGGUGUGCUGGUUGUUUGGUGAUCCUGAUCCAUGAUGUAUGCAUACUGCACGCACGUACCUUGUCACGCAUGGAGUAAUGUUAUUGGUUAGUCUAAUAAUGAGGAAAUAAUAAUGGUGGCUACUGCAGCA